AUGUCUGAUCACGAACAAGACCAUGAUUUCGCAACCGGAGACGCUGGUGCAUCAGCGACUUAUCCAAAGCAGUGCUCUGCUCUUCGCAAAAACGAAUUCGUUAUGAUAAAGGGACGUCCGUGCAAGAUUGUUGAAAUGAGUACUUCGAAGACUGGCAAGCAUGGACAUGCAAAGGUUCAUAUUGUUGCGCUUGAUAUUUUUACCAAUAAAAAACUGGAAGAUAUUUGCCCAUCUACUCAUAAUAUGGAAGUGCCAGUUGUUAAGCGUAAAGAAUAUCAGCUUCUUGCAAUCAAUGAGGACGGUUUUGUUAGCAUGAUGGAUUUGGAUACUUGUGACACUAAAGACGAUCUUCGUAUUCCGGAAGGUGAACUUGGUGAACAGAUUAAACAAGCAUUCGAAAAGGACGAAAAUGGAAUUCUUGUUACUGUUGUCUCUGCUUGUGGAGAAGAAGUGGUUCUUGGCUGGAAGAAUAUGCCAAACCGUGAUUAAACGAUGAAGAUUAAUUGAUAAGCGGUUGAAGAAGAAAUUUAAAAAUUUGUUUGCUUAAAAAGUGCCGCUAAAAAUAUUUUUGUUACUUUUCGGUUUUUUAAAAUUAUUUUUACUUAAAUUAAAAAUUUGGGAAGGGUUUUAAAGUUAAAUUGAUUAUUUUUUAUUUGUUGACCGAAAAGUUUCAAUAAUAAUAUUAGAGAAAAACCACCAAUCCAAACGGGAAAGACGCUCUCCUUAAAAAUUG